GUCUGUGUAUUUCAGUCUCUGUCUUUAACUUGACUACAAGUGUCAGUAUGAAUUCACAGCCGCCGUUUACGGUGAGAAUUAGAACAGAACAGGAGCAGGAUAUGGACUGGAUGGUACAACCGGGAGAAAUUACGUUCCACCAGGCAUUAGAGGUCAUUUCGCAAGUUUUACCUCAGGCAUCUAUCACUGCGUUUGAAUAUGAGGAUGAGGAAGGAGACAGGAUCACUGUCAGGAGUGAUGAAGAGAUGAGUACAAUGUUUCAGAUGUAUUUUAGCUUACUCAGUGAAGAAGACAUGGUACGGGGACUACUCCCUCCACUGAUCAUCUACCCCAGAGUGGGGAAGACAGCAAAAAACAGAAAUAUUCAUGGAUUGAAGAUCAAAACAGAUAAACAGUCCACAAGUAAACCAGCCAAGCUUGUAACAGGGGUCAAGCCUACUGUGGGUCAGAACACAAACACGGUAAGUAACCAGCAACAGAACCAGUACCAACCCCAACAACAGCAACAACAACAGGUUCAGCAAACAGGCUAUCAGCAACCACCCAACAACUAUCAGCCACCAGGAGGAGCCAGUCUACGCCAGAUCUUGUCAAACAUGGUGAUAGGUGACUCUGAUCUACAGGUGUUGGAUCUGUUAGGAAAGGGCAAUGGUGGACUUGUUCAUAGAGCUUACCAUAAACCUACAGGCACAAUUAUGGCUGUGAAGGUGAUGAAGCUAGAUGUAGAUGUGGAUGUUCAGAGACAGAUCAUCUCAGAAUUAGAAAUACUCAGCAAGUGCAAUUCUCCAGCCAUCAUAGAUUUCUACAAGGCAUUCUUUGUUGAAAAUAGAAUUUCCAUAUGCACAGAAUAUAUGGAUGGUGGGUCACUGGACCGUUACGGACAGGUACCAGAGCCUGUGCUCGGACGUAUGGCAGUGUACAUCAUCCAGGGAUUGUGUUACAUGUGGAGUCUCAAAAUAUUACACAGAGAUAUUAAACCGUCCAACAUUCUAGUCAACACUUCUGGCCAAGUAAAAUUAUGUGAUUUUGGAGUUAGUGUUCAGCUGAUCGAAUCCAUCACUAGGACAUAUGUAGGAACCAAUGCUUACAUGGCACCAGAGCGGAUACGAGGAGAAGAAUACAGCUCUCCAGCUGAAGUUUGGAGCCUGGGAUUCACACUCUUUGAACUUGCUACUGGAGAAAUUCCAUAUGGGAAUCCAAAGUCCUUUGCUACGCCAGUACACCUUCUGAACGUAAUUGUAUCCGAGGAGCCACCAGGAUUGCCUGCUGCCAACUUUUCUCCAGACUUCGUACAUUUUGUAGAAAACUGUAUGCGGAAGUCACCAGCACACAGAUUGACAUCAGAAUUGUUAAAGGCACAUCCUUUUAUACAGCGUCAUGAUGAUGGCAAUAUUAGUAUAAUAGCUGCCUUUAUACAGAGUAAACUACUGCAAAUACAGCAAGGCAAAGUCAGUUGAUGGUCACUGUAUGGGAGCUUGUGAUACCUAAAGUCUGGUAAGGUGAAGUCAGCUGAUAGUCACUGUGUGGGAGCUUGUGAUACCUAAAGUCUGGUAAGGUGAAGUCAGCUGAUAGUCACUGUGUGGAAACAUGUCAUACAGCAGGGCAAAGUCAGGUGAUGGUCACUGUAUGGGAGCUUGUGAUACAUAGGUAAAGCUGAGAGGAGUCAGCUGAUGAUCACUGUGUCAAAGCUUGUGAUACCUUAAGUACAGUAGUGAGAAGUCAGCUAAAGAUCACUGUGUUUGAGCUUGUGAUACCUAAAAAACAGCAGAGUGAUUUUAGCUGAUAGUCACUUUUUGGAGCACGUUUGUGAUACGGACAUUAAUACUGAAAAAAACUUUUUACAAAUGCAUACUUUACAAAUUGCAAGUACAAUUUAUAAUUGUUUGAUGGGUAUAAAAGUUUUUUUUUAGUUCUGAAAUGCUUUAUGGGUUUAUCAUCCUGCUCGUAGUAGCUGGUGGUUGCCUCACUGAACAAAAGACAGAAGGCCUAACAUAUUCUACCCAGAGCAAUUGGGGUAAGACAUCUUGCUCAAGAAGAAAACCAUGACAGCAUAGGCAGACACAAACCACCCAAAACUGGGGGCAUUUAACCAGACACCUAUUAUUGUAAUCUGAGGUUACUCACAGAAACACUCUAUUCCUGUCCCCUGUUACAGUAAUAUAAAUAUAUUGUUAUAUGAAAGAAAGAAAUGUGGAAAAAGUUAUUUACAACCAAAGGAAAUUAGAAUAUUGCUUAUACAUGUGGUUUACUGUGUUGCUUUGGACUUGCACACCAAAUCAGCCAAUCAUCAAGUGUUUUGUAUACCUGUAUUUGUAGUUUCCAUUUGAGAAUGUAUAAAUUUCAUGACAUAUUUUGAAUUAAUUAAGACAGAAUAUAAAAUGUUUCAUGAUGAAAAACAUUGCAAUUGAUGUAUCACACAGCUGUAAAGGAUGAAAAUUCUCAAGUCCUGGAUCACUUUACUUUAAAACUUUCUGUUGUUGAAGUAUUUAAGGCUAUGAAGUCAUAUGCCAUUAAAACAUUUGAAGUAGGAACUGUGUCACCUUUGUAAAGUAUGUGUCAAUCAUGCCAGUAAUUCUGUGUUGAAUUCCAUACAUACAUCUAUAUAGAGAAGUUAAUAACAUGAAGAUCAAUAUUAGUAUAGGGACCAUAUAUUAUGUGCCAAAUAGUGUGUUACGGUAGUCUAAUGUUUGUUUAUUUGAAGCUUGGAACUUCUUUUUAGCAUCUUUAUAUGUGAUGAAUAAAAUCUUUGGAAUGAAAUAAUCAUCAGACAAAACUAA